AUGGAGUGCUGGCACUUCAUCCGCACUUACCGCGAGCGUGUCGCGUGCCAAAGCCAGCACCUGGAGGACCUCUUGGACAUCUUUCAAAGUUUGGAGAAGUCGGAAGCCGUCGCUUCCUUGUUGGCCUUGAUCCUCGCCACGGGAAUCUGGAUAAAUCGGGGCACUGAGUUUGCGGCUGCCAGGGGUUUUGGCAUCGAGUUCUUGGAGAAGCUUCAUAGCAUCAAGGGGGCCGAUGGCAAAAGCCUACAGCAUCUGCUGUUUGUGGUCUUCUUCGACUCCUUGGAUAGUCAGGCAGCCGAGUUUGUGGAGGCACUUGGCCCCUUGCUUCAGAACGUCAGCCGCCGCGUCAUCCAAGACUCUGAGGAGACGAAAAUCAGCAAGGCAGUCCAUCUCUCUUUGGAAGAGUGUGAUGAAGCUGUGUCUUCCAUUCAUGAGACAGCAUUGGAUAUCCAAGCAUCUCUGCAGAAGUGCACAGAAAGCUUGGAUCCCGCGGACCCCGUGAAGCUUCGCCUGCAUCGGGAGUUUGCGACGGCGACGAAGAUGAUCGAAAGCUUGGUGCAGCUGCGCAACUCUGUCAAAAGCCACUAUGAUCGUGUGCUCAAGUGGUUCCAGGCACCCGGAUGGAGGAGUGCCGACUUCUUCCUUUUGUGGGACAACUUCUUGUUGCCCAGCGAGCUGCUUGCAGCACGAUGCCGCGAUGGGCAGUCUGCGGCUCCAGAUGCCAG